CGAGAUUUUCCCGAGAAGGGAAAGAGGGAAGGGCGCCCCGGCCCCGCGGUAAGCUCCCGGACCCGUUUGCUAAAAAAAGUGCGACCUCUUCACCGCGUCCGACGAUCCCCCGCCUCGGUUCCCCCACCGCAAUCCCUCUCUUCCCCGCAUUUCGCAAUGAUCCGUGCAGCUGCAGUGCCGCGGCGCGGAGGAGGGUCCAGUGACCGGGGCCAAGAUUGAGGGCGGCCAUCACGCGCGUUCGAGCGACGAGCGGCGGAGGAGGCGAGGGCGGGGAUGUCGCGGCUGAGCCAGCGCCGCGCCUCGGACCGGCUCGGCGAGCGGGUGGAGUUCAGGUUCUCCAACCUCCGCGCCGUCCAGGUGCCAGUAGUAUCUGACAGGCUGUUAAUAUCUAUCAUCUCAGUGGACACAGGAAAAACAAUUGCCAGGUCCAGUAAAGCUGCCGCUCGAAAUGGAAUCUGUCAAUGGCCUGACUCCAUCCUGGAAUCACUUUGGUUUUCUCAAGAUGAAGCAUCAAAAGAAUUUGAGGAUUGUCAGUGCAGGAUUGCUGUUUCCAUGGGAUCAACAAAAUCUGGUAUUCUCGGGGAAGUUUCCCUGAACCUGACUAACUAUCUGGGCUCAGUAGACCCAACUGCAAUCUCGUUGCCAUUGAAGAAAUGCAAUUCUGGAACAGUUUUACAGCUUAAGAUUCAAUGUCUUGGCAUGAAGUCUAAAUCAAGUCCAACUGAUGAUGUUAUGGACAGCAAAGCUGAUGAUUCUAAUAGCAUGAUCUCCAGGAAUGCUCAUUUUUCGUCAAGAAAUCCUUUAGGUGUUGUUCAUCAAGACGAAGUAGGAAUUAGGGACGCAAGCUUCACAUCAUCCCCUAGGGAUGAUUCCGAUGGGGGAUUGUACAUAGGGAGGCAAGAUACUGCUAGUUCUUUUAUCGACAAUAUUAGUGUGGAUCAUGGUGAUCUGGUUUUUAGAUCUAAUGAUUCAUCUUUCAGUUCUGAAACUCCAGGUCAAAACAUGCUGCAGGAGAAUACUGCUGAGUCAUCCUUAAGUGGUCUUGCUCAUUUAUCGUCAGGGGCAUCUGGUUCAUCCAAAGAUCUUCUUGACACUGCUGAAGAAACAAUUGAGGAACUCCUUGCUGAGGCACAAAUGUGGGAGGCUCAUUCUCGCCAGUUGAAAAACGACCUAGAGACAUUGCAGAAGGAAUGUGAUGAAAAAUCUGAGAAACAGUCUGAGCUACUCCUGGAACUUUCUGCUUCACAGGCGGAACAGGAGUCGUUAAGACAGGAAAUUGAAGAAUUGAAAUUGUCUCUUGAAGUAGCUACAGCACGACAAACUGUUGCAGGACUUGCCAAGUCUGGUGAUGCAAUAGAUGUCCAGCAUGAACUAAAAGAUGAGGUGCAGUUUCUGCGAGAAUCAAAUGAAAACUUAACAAUACAACUGAAGAAGACUCAAGAUGCAAAUAUAGAGCUUGUUUCUAUUCUUCAAGAACUGGAAGAAACAGUAGAAGCACAGAGAGCAGAAAUCUCCUCUAUUUCUCAAAUGAGCAAUGUGAUUGAUCCUGAGUUACCCAUAAAUGCAUUAUCAGUUCAAGAAGAUGCAGAGUGGGCAAGGAAGCUGUCACUGAAAGAAGAUGAAAUUGUAGAAUUGAAGGAGAAAUUGGAUCGUUUACUCAAUAUAGAAAAUGCAGGUGGCGCUGGUUCUGAUGCUAUAUAUCUUGAACUGGAAAAGGAAAAUGACUAUCUGAAGGUCAAAAUGGAAGAGCUUGAGAAUGAUUGUUCUGAAUUAACAGAGGAAAAUCUGGAACUUAUACACAAGUUGAAAGAAGUGAGUGGGGUAGAAGGACAGGAUUCCUGCAUCUCUGAUAUUCAGGAAAUGUUAAAUGCUGGGGAUCUUUCUGGGACAUCAAAAUCUAGAGUAAAAUACCUACAAAGAAAAUGUGCUGACCUUGAACUGAGGAUGCUGAAUUUUCAAUCGGAGUCCAGAGAACUAGAAGAGAAGUUCCAAAAAAGCCAAGAGGAGCUAAAAGAGAGAACUCUUGAAUUAUCUGAACUAAGAGAGAACCUUAGCAAUUCCUGUGCUACAGAACUGGAGGAAUCUGAAUCUGAGUUGAAUUUGCUGAAGGGUAGAGUUCAGCUCAAAGAAAGAGAGAUUGAAGGCUUGCAGCAUUCUAAACUAGAAAUGGAAACCUUUAUAGAUAAUGUUCUUCAACGGAAGAUACAUGAGCUUGAAAACGACAAAGUGGAACUAGAAUUGCAUAUAUCAAGGCUGGAAGAUGAAAAAAUAGAAUUGUCAGAGUCCAUUUCUGGAAUGGAGGCUGAGUUGACUAAUCUGACAAGUGAGUACGAGUCAUGUAUAGUGCAAAUGGAUGAUUCUAGAACACUUAUCAUAGAUCUCAAGGAUAAAGUACAAUGGCAGCAAGCAGAGUUGGAAGCUCAAAAGGUAGAACUGAAGCAAAAACAUCUGGCAUUUCAGAAAAGAUUUUCAGAAGUACAGGAGGAUUCAGAGACUCUAAAAAGAUUGAAUGCUAAAUUACAAGCUAAAGUUGACAAUCUUGUUGAGGAGUGCAGUUCUCUUCAAGCAUUGACAGCUGAUCUAAAGAAGCAAAAGUUGGAAUUGCAUAGCUGUGCUACACAACUAGAGCAGGAACUGGAGCACUCGAAAAGGAAGACCACAGAUUUUUGCAAAACCGUGGAGUUCCUAGAGGCAAAGCUUUCUUCAAUUCAGAAAGAUAUAUCUUCAAAAGAGCAAUCUUUUCUCCUGGAACUGGAGAAUGUAUUUCAGGAGCACAAGGAGCAUGAAGAACGGAUAAACCGUGCACAUUCCCUUUUAAAUAAGAUUGAGAAAGAAAAAAUAAUCGAGGUAGAGAAUCUUGAGAGGGAGAUCAUGAGCCUUACUGCACAGUUGUCUUCAACACACGAGGAGCGGGAAAGUUCCACUUUGGAUACUAUUCGUGAGGCCUCCAUCCUUCGAGCAGACAAGGCAAAACUUGAGGCUAAUCUUAAUGAUGUCAAUGAACAGUUGAGACAUCACGAAUCUCAGUUGGAAGAUAUACGUAAGGAGUCUAAAAGCAAGAUUAAAUCCCUCCUUGAUUCACUCAAUACAUCAAAACAGAAUGAAGAAAUGCUGAAAACAGAUGCUGAGGAUAUGAGAAGGUUGAUGGAAGCUGCUAAAUCCAAUGAAGAAAAUUUAAGAACAACUUCAAAUGAACUAGAACUGAAGUUUAAAUCUAGUGAUUAUGAGAAACAUCAAAUAAUGGAAGAAAAUUCUGGACUAAAAAUUCAAGUCCAGAAAAUAGCAGGCCUCCAGGAUGAACUUUUGAAACUGCAAAGUUCCCUUGAUGAGUCUAAGUUUGAAAAGGGAAAACUCGAAGAGCUACUUAGGUUGUUGUCUGAAGAAUGUGAUGGACUAAAGGUACAAAAGGCCAUGUUAACGGACAAAGUUGCACACAUGCAGGAUACUUCCAACAACAUCGGUGACGAAAAGCAAAGUAAAACAGCCAUUCAAGCAAAGCAUGAGAGCAGCAUAAAACAGAUUUGA